AUGAUGUUCAAGCCGUCGUCACCCCUCUUUUCGGGUCUUCUGUGGAAGAUCCCAUGGCGUAUCUCCACCCCCCAGAAGGCUCGCCAAAGGAAGCGUUUGCGAUCGGUCGAUCGCGUGGUCGACACCGUCAGCGCCGCCCUCCAACGAAACGGAGAGACCACUAAGAUGGUCGAGCGCUGGUACAAGGAAAUGCCGCGUGAGGAGGAAAUGCUGCCCAAGGACAAAUACACGAUCUUCGACAAGAAGGAGAAGAAAUACCGCAAGGGCAUUCACAAGCUGCCGAAAUGGACCCGAGUCAGCCAGCGGGUGAACCCCCCGGGUUUCUAA